UGGCACACACAUACACACACGACAUGAUGUCUCAGCGUUAUUCCCAAGAACAUGGAAAUGGAAGUGAAACCCCACCAACCGUGCGCAGCUUGCAAGAUGCUUCGCCGGAGAUGUGACAGUAAGUGCCUCCUUGCUCCAUACUUUCCGGCCGACGAGCUUGACAAGUUCGCCGUUGUUCACAGAGUCUUCGGCGCUAGCAACGUUAUCAAGAUGAUUCAGAUGGUGGAGGAGACGAAGAGGGAGGACGCAGUGAAAGCUAUAGUGUACGAGGCAAUGGCGAGGGUGAGGGAUCCAGUGUAUGGCAGUGCAGGGGCUAUAAAGCAGCUGCAGAAGAUGGUGAAGCAGCUGAAGGUGGAGGUGGAGACCAUGAAGGCUAGGGUUUCAGAGGUGCGAGAACAAAGAGACGAGUUGCUGAUGAAUAUUGGCCACCAUGCGGACUCUCUUCAUCAUCUUCCUCAUCAUCAUCAGUUUCCCAGCAAUGUUGUCCAAGACCCUGUGGCUGUCUUUGAUGACUAUUACGCUGCUCUCUCGUUAGACCCAAUAAUGGAUCAAUUCUCUCUGCAAGGCGACUGGGUCUUGUAGUGCUACCUACUUUGUCUUCUGGAAACUAAGCUUAAUAGUGUAGUGAUGUAGUCAUAUCAAACAAGAACGCUUUAAUCUUUCUAAGAUCAGACAAGUUAGCAUACUGUAUGCUCGUUGAAUCUUCUA